AGAAAAUAAUUUGAUCUGAUAGACCGGCAGAGGUCGCAGCAUUACAAUUCCAUUCACUCUGGAGUCGUGCGUGCGGUUAAGUUUUCAUAAACAUUGGAGGAACAAUGUUCACACGAUCGAGUUUAGUCUUGGAAAAAGUUUACAGACAAUCUACUUCGAUACGCCGCUUCUGUUCGACAAUCUCCGAAGCAGAAGCGCAGCCGGACCCUAGGAAGAUCUUUUUCCACGUGGACGUUCAGUUACUGUUGAAGACAUUAACACGUGUCGAUUAUGAGAAGGUCUUCCAACCGCGCAAAGUCGGAAAGCCAUUGAAAAAUUCAAUUAUGAAAUUUUUAACUACCGAACAACUGAAGGAAUACGAACGGAGAACGGAUAGCAAAGCAUUUAUACGACUGCAAAUGCCGCCUGUGGUGGAAGCUCAGGAGGACACUGUUAAGCUGAUCGGGGAAGACCCUGGACUAAGAGGGCUAACCACUGCGAAACAUGUGUUCACCGAUAUCAGUUUUGGGAUUAGCAAUAAAAACAGACUUAUAGUUGUUCGAGAACCAGACGGCAAGUUACGACACGCGUUUAUGAAUGAAAGGAGUAGAAUGAACCAGGUGUACUUCCCUGUGUACGGCAAGGAGAUUGAGACACCUAAGAUGUUUUUUGAUCCACACCUUGAAAAUUUACUGGAGAGGGAAGAGUACGUAUUCAUUUUGGACCGUGCCUGCAUACAGUUCGAGCCCAACGACCCCGAGUAUCAUAGAGUCACGAAGCGGGUUUACGAAGAUGUAAACUUGAAGAGAAACUUCGAAUCAUUGCGAUCUACCAGGCAUUUUGGUCCGCUAGCAUUCCAUUUGGCUUGGGAGAAGAAGAUCGAUAAUUUGCUGGUCGAUGUAAUUCACAGCCAGAGGAUAGACGAAGCUGUGGCUCUCAUAAAGCUCUACCACAUCUUUCAUCCUCAAGCUCUAUCCGCCCAAUCCGCGCCAUGCGAGGACGAUAUAACGAUGAUCAAGUCCUAUGCCAAGUUAGAAUCGUCGAUGAGACGCGAUAUAGACCACGCGUUGUUAAAGUACGAAAAACUGGAAAGGGAGAUACAGAAAUUCGAAGCAGAGAAAUUGAAAUUGCAAGAUUCCUCGGUAUCUACCGAGGAAGAUCAUCCGGAUGAACCGAAACAAGAUCAGUAAUUGUCUGGAUAAACUCCCACACAAGAAACUCCCACUAAAGAAAUUUAAAAAAAUAUAUAAUUAUUGUUAAUUCUGUAGUAAUCGUUUAAUCGAUUUUAUCCCGUCCGAAUUUAUUUUCCAUCCGCCACGCUUUCGACAAUUCUUAUAAAACAAUUAAUUUUAUGACAUCACAAACGUAAUAUGCGCAUUUUUAUUAUCGAUUAUGAAUGAAUUAAUUGUAAAUAGUUCGUAUUUAUAAAGAGGUUCGUGAAAGAA